CACAGUUUUGCACAUUUUUCGGGCACCUGUUGAUCUCUCACUCGUCCUACAUAGCCACUUUUACCGCACUCUAAAGUCGUUCGGUGAGUUCGAUGUGGUCGCUGCACGCCGUGUCACCGCACGUAGAACGUCUUGCCGGUACUGCACCAGCUCCCGUGCACCGGAAGUCGAUCGCCGGGGCAACGGACCCACCGGCGGGUCCCUCCGAGGGCGUACGAUCCGUAGGGACCGAACGCGGCUGUCCGCGAGAAGGCUUACACGGAGAGCUGGGCCGGAUCGUUGAAUCCCGCCGGAAGCUAUGGUUAUGGGAGCGAGCUGGAUAGAAGGAAGCAGCGGUAAGCGAUCGAACGGGAGACCCAGGAGAAAGAUAGUUCGAUUAUGAGUACGUAACUGUGGCCGAUCGAUCGGGUUUCAUUGUUGCCCAUGUACUGUCGAGCACCCUGAAAAGCAUCAGCACCAGCACCUCUGAUCACGGCACUGCAUUUGAUCCCGAAUCGGAGGGAGCCUUGUUCUUUACCUAACGACCUGAUUUCAGGACGAGGAACGCGUCGUUAACGGGAUACGAAGCUUGACACGCGGGAAAGGAACCGACAAGAAUGAUCAGUAGUGGUUCGAGCGCGUUUUAAGAAACGUCAUCUCCCAUGUGACGGUGGUAGCCGACACGGUUAUCGAUUGAUCGCCGGUCAUCGCUCAUCCGCGUUUUCUUCCCCCGCGGACUUCCCCUAUCCCCGUCCAGCCUCUAAACGAACAAAAAGUCGGCCUAAACCCCCUAAACAAGUGUUGUGCCUUUCGAUCGGGCAGCGAGGCGAGCGCAGAUCCGCGAACGUAGCCGAGUGACACUGAGCAGGCCUCGUCAGUCGUCGUCUAACAGGACGACGCGUCAAAAGGACACAUAUAUGAUGGCGGUGUGCAUGUUCUGGCUUCUCACGUACGUGGGACAAGGGCUAGAUCUGGCCGUGGGCAAUCGGCCGGUGAUCAUCAUGCAGGGCGCACAGCAGGAACAGGACUACCGGCACGGCGGCAUCAGAAAGAAGAGCGAGCUCGGCUCCUCGGUUGGCAAUAACCUGUUGCACUUCAGGAUAUAUCCUCCCGAGGCGUCUCACCGGGACGACUUGUCCAACUGGUUGCUGUUGAACGACGAGCCGCGGAUCUCUUCGUGGACUCCGGCCGGCAUAUUGAUCGACGACAUGAUCAGGGAGCCCAGGGAGCUGCAGACGGUGUUCUUCGCCCUCUCGCCGGCGAUGCUGAACGUACUCUACUCGGAGUACAUGAACACCGCCACCCAACCCGGAGAACAGUUCCUGCACCCUGUGGAGGAUCAACCGAACGGUCAUAUAGGCCAGCAACGUAUGAAGAAGCUGCGGAUAGACUGCAAACACUCCAGGAACACCGUUAGCCUACCUAUCAGGGUGUGCGACGACGAGGCCGGCCGUAAAACGCUCCCGGAAACCAGACAAUCCAACUACGACGAUCUAUUCGAGCAGAAGAAAUUCAACGCUGCUGCGAACCUGAAGACUGAUCCGAUAGCGAGGGCUGACAAGUCCAGGGAUUAUCAGGGACCCGGUUUCGUAGCCAGGCCACCGUUCCCGUUGGAUGCUGCCAAGCUUCCUGGAAAGAGAAGCCAAAUGCCUGUCGGACGACGCUCCAUCGACCUACCCGGUGAAGCUGCCCAGCAUCAAGCUCAACCUCCGUCAUCCCCUGGGAACAGCGUCAGCGUUGCUUCUCAACUUAUGCUCAGAUCAACCAGGGGUAGCAUACAGUACGACGUGCCGCAGAUUGAAUGUCCAAUCUCAGAAGACGGGAUGGAAAGGUUUGCGUGUCCCACUGCAGACAGAAUGGGUAGAUAUCACUGCAUCGACGAUCACGCCUUGUGCGACGGUUUUAUAGACUGCCCUACGGGCGAAGACGAGGACAGGCAAGCCUGCAUGUUUUACAAAACUACGAAAGCUCACCUUGACGUAUUGGCAGAUGCCAUUUUGCGAUGGGCAAGAGGACGCUAAUUCCUUUGUUGACGACGAACCUCUGACCUAUGCAUAAAAUCAUAAGUCUGACGAGUUUACUUCUUUAUACAUUCACCUAUAUAUAUAUAAAUAUAAAUAUAAUAUAUA